AUCUCGGCCGCACCAUGGCCCGGGGCCCGGGCCUCCUCGCGCUGCCCUCGCCGCCGCUGCUGGGGCUGCCACUGUUGCUGCUGCUGCUGCUGCUGCUGGCCGCGGCCACCCGCCCGGCGUCCGCGCAGGACAACUGCACGUGCGCCACCAACAAGAUGACGCUGUGCAGCCGCGCCAGCCCCGGGGGCCCCUGUCGGUGCCGCGCCCUGGGCUCGGGCCUGGAGGUGGACUGCUCCAAGCUCACGUCCAAGUGCCUGCUGCUGAAGGCGCGCAUGCACGGCUCCAAGAGCGGCCGCGGGCUGGUGCGCCCCAGCCAGCACGCGAUCGUGGACAACGACGGCCUGUACGACCCCGACUGCGACCACCAGGGCCGCUUCAAGGCGCGCCAGUGCAACCAGACGGCCGAGUGCUGGUGCGUGAACUCGGUGGGCGUGCGCCGCACCGACAAGGGCGACCAGAGUCUGCGCUGCGACGAGCUGGUGCGCACCCACCACAUCCUCAUCGACCUGCGCCACCGGCCGGCCGCCCGCGCCUUCAACCACUCGGACCUGGACGCCGCGCUGCGCCGGCUCUUCCGCGAGCGCUACCAGCUGCACCCGCGCUUCCUGGAGGCCGUGCACUACGAGGAGCCCACCAUCCAGAUCGAGCUGCGGCAGAACGCGUCGCAGAAGGCCGCGGACGACGUGGACAUCGCCGACGCCGCCUACUACUUCGAGCGCGACGUCAAGGGCGAGUCGCUCUUCCAGGGCGGCGACCGCUUCGACGUGCGCGUGCGCGGCGAGCCCCUGCACCUGGAGCGGACCCUCAUCUACUACCUGGACGAGAAGCCCCCGCAGUUCUCCAUGAAGCGCCUCACGGCCGGCCUCAUCGCCGUCAUCGUGGUGGUCGUGGUGGCCCUGGUGGCCGGCGUGGUGGUCCUGAUCAUCACCAACCGGAGGAAGUCGGGGAAGUACAAGAAGGUGGAGAUCAAGGAACUGGGGGAGUUGAGGAAGGAGCCCGGCUUGUAGGUACAGACGGACAAGGGGGUGGGUUCGGGUGGGGGGCGACGUUAGCCCGGUCCCAGGACACCUUCUGGAUUUUUGCUACCUUCUGGAUUCUUGGCCCGAAGGGGAUAUUUCUACGCCCCAACUCUUGCCUCUUCCUCUAUCCCACCCCCAUCCCUUAUCAAGUUUUUUUUUUUUUUUUUGGCCCGGGGUCAGCCCCCUUUGAAUUCUGUCUUGAAGGGAGCAUUUCUGCAAUUCCCUCUUUUUCCAACAAGGAGAAACCCGAAUGGAAGAAUUCAGGCCAGUUGGGCCUAGGGUUGUGUCUAAGGAGCAAUCGUCUGUGGAACCCACCCAGCAUCCCUGGAGCUUUCCGUUUUGAAGGUGCCAAUGAGUUGAGAGGGGAAGACAGCGCCAGGGCCAGUUUGGCUGGCUUAUUAGCGCCCCCCUGCUCGCUUUCUUGGCCUUCUGGGUGCGAAGAGGAGGUGGGUCUUGUGCUCUGGGAACCCUUGGGCACCAGCCCUGUGACCCACCUCCUACACCCCACUCCUCCUUAUUACACCCAUGUCUCUGAGGGCAGACUCGGCCCCAGAAACUGCGUCUGUUCUGCAGCU